UAUUAUUAAAAUUAUGGAAAACUUUGGUAAUAGAGGAACUAAUAACUGUAUAUAUAUUACGUUUAAAAGAGCGAGAACUCCUCGAAACAUUUGCGGUGAGAAUUAUGUGUGGGUGCCCGAAACUUUUGCUCGAGAUACUUUGAUGCGCGUACUCGUGUUUACACACAUGCUGCUUUUGCACCGUGAUUGAAUCUCUGUGAAAGAACUCGCUUUGGUGUGCCUUGAUGAGGAAUGAUUUACGGAUUAUGUUGAGAAACGUGACGAGUGCGGGAACGCUAAGUGUCUUCCCAGUUUGAGAAUUCGUUCCCUGCCGCGCAGAUCAUGAGCAUUAUACAGUUGUGGCGUCAACGUAGGGCGAGUCAGCUGCGGGCCGAAACUGCUCUCUCCUUGUCGAGGGAGGAUGAGGAGUGGAGCGACUCGGAGAAGACCCCGUCAGUGAGCAGCGGUGUGGACGGUGGCGGAUCGGCGGUAUCGAGUCCGGUCGCAGUCGUCGAGGAGGACUCGAGUUUACCACCCCCUCCAAGACUCAACCCCGCGUUAUCUUCGACCAGCUCCUCCGCCAGUGAGGACAUCAAGCUGCGCCUCAGCGUGCUCUCAGAGGACGCGAGAAAGCGUCUGGCCAGCUUCGCCGAGGACAUCGAGGCUAGAGGCAUAAGAGACCGCCAUGCGCCGUCCAGGAGCGUGCGGACGCGGGAGUCGAGUCCCAAGGAUGUCGAUGAGGAGCAACAGGCCAAGGAGGACGACUGCCAGCCGAGGUCGUCGUCCUCGUUGUCGUCCACCGUCGUCAAGAGACGGGACUCCGUCUGCCGCAGGGACUCGGAGGACUCGGGAGAGACCAAGAGGAUACGACUCGACGACGAGGUAGCACCAAGACUGAGACUCAAUACUAGUCUGGCGACGGAUCCCGCCCUGCGACCCGCCGCCGUCGCCGCCCUUACCGUGAAGCCGGAGAACACGUCGCCGCCGAAUCCAACGCCGCCGCUUCCGGCUGGACUGCAGAACGCGAUCGCAUCAGGUCGCCUGUUCGUCCUGCCGACUGACGGCAAGGAGACAAUCACGGUGGAGCCGGCCAGGCCGCCGCCGACCGCCCUGAUCUGCCCGCCGUGCGGCAUUCGGUUCAGCUCGGCGAGCACCCUCGAGGCCCAUCGCACCUUCUACUGCGCCCAUCGGCCCCGCGCGGACGAGGACGCGGCGAACGACGAGGACGACGACGGCGGCAGCAAGCCCGGCGGCAAGUUCGAAGUGCGGAAGGCAUACGCGUGCCCGCACUGCUCCUACAGCGCCGACAAGAAGGUGUCCCUGAAUCGUCACAUGCGGAUGCACGCGGCCUCGCCGGCGCCGCCGACGGUACCGUCGUCGUCGUCGGUGGCGGCGGCGGUGGCGAUGGUGGCGAACGUGGCGAACCCGAACUCCUCGACGAGCAACCCGGCCGCGGCCGGUCAGACCACCGCAUCCAACGGUUCCUUGAACGAGGAGGCCGAGAGAUACUGCAGGAACUGCGACAUUCGAUUCAGCUCCUUGAAGACGUAUCGGGCACACAAAACGCAUUAUUGCAGCACGAGGCACGUGGUGAAGGAUACGUUGCCGACGCCGACGCCGACGCCGGCAUCCUCGGUGAAGGCGUCACCGCCGACCAGCUCGAGUCCUGGUGACUCGCCACCGCCGCAGCCGUGCCUGGCGCUGCCCACUAACCCCAUUCUCAUCGUGCCGUAUUCGUUGUUCCGCGGUGCGAGCGUCCUCGCCGCGCCGGCACUUCCGGCCCCUGACACAGCAUGCUUCCUUUUGCCAAACGGUUCCCUUCAGCCAAUGACGAGGGGCCUCGCCUCCACGGCCCAGAACGCCGUGGUGGAGCCGCCGGCCGUCCUGAGGGCGGCGAACAAGCCCUCGACACCGGUGGUCGCGGCGGCGUCCACGUCGCCGUCCGCCUCGGCGCCCCUCGAUCUCAGCGUACGCAGGUCGCCGGUGCACCAGGACGAAAAGGAGAACCGAAUGUCGCCGACACCGUCGUCCCUGCCGCCGCCUCCGGGCAGUCCCAGGUCCAGAGGCAGCGGUAGCCCCAGAACGAGGUCCAUCGGUCCGGCCCAGACCGCCGCCGUCGCGCCACCCCCGCCCACGGAACUCGCCCUGAGACUCGCUGAACUGCCGCCGCCCCCCGUCCCCGGGGUGCUCGUCAAGCAGGGCGUCUCCAGGUGCAAGGAAUGCAACAUCGUAUUCUGCCGACAUGAGAACUUCGUCGCUCAUAAGAAGCACUACUGCCAGGCGAGGGAGACAACGGUGAGCAACAGUCCGCCGCCUCCCGGCACGCCCUCGCCGCCCCUGGUCCAGCUCAUCUGCGCCGCGUGCGGCAUCAAGUUCGCUUCCAUAGACAAUCUGGUCGCCCAUCAGGCGUUCUACUGUCCCAAGAGGCCCGAACCCCAGGAGCAUCACACGCGGUGUUCUAAGUGCAAGGCGAUGAUAGAACCUGGAAGCAGUCAUACCUGCACCAGCGGUACGACUGGUGGCUGGCGAUGCCCGGUCUGCGGUGCCGUCAGUCCCACGGCCGGCGCCGCUCAGCGUCACAUGGACUCCCAUCAGGGCGUCAAGGCCUUCCGUUGCACGAUCUGUCGUUACAAGGGCAACACUCUGCGCGGCAUGAGGACCCACAUUAGGAUGCACUUCGACAAGCGCGGCACUGAUCUACAGGAGGAGAAUUAUAUAACGUGCGUGCUGGACGACGAGGCGACGCUGUCGACGCCAGAACCCGUGGCUACCACGACGCCAGAAGAGAUCCCUGUUGAGAUCCAGGUGAACGGCAAGACGGAGAUAAGGAAAAGCCCGCAGCCGCCACCACCGCCGCCACCGCCGUUGACGCCGGUGGUCGCUGGCAAGGUAAAGCAAGAACGCGAGGACACGCCGCCGCCGGACGAGAGCCUGGACCCCAGCAAGAGCGGGCCGCGCUACUGCCGUUCCUGUGACAUCAGUUUCAAUUACCUAAGCACCUUCAUCGCCCACAAGAAGUUCUAUUGCUCGAGUCACGCCGGCGAGGCGAGCAAUAACAAUAACAAUAAUAACAACAAUAACAAUAACAACGCCAGCGGCCAUCCGACGACGCCGCCGACCGGCAGGACCGAGGCGUCGGUGCUUUAAAUCUCCGAAGUUCUGCGGACAAUGACUUCUCCGCUGUUCGUCCCCCUUCUCGGAGGACCUUCUAGUGUUUCUUUUUUAGGAUUUACUUCGAAAUAAGCGGGAGUGAUAAUUCGGCAAUAAUUUCUGAGAUUUGUCUAUAUAUUCGUGCUCCGAGAAUUAAUUUGACUAAAUGAAGAAGGAGAGACCCUUCCCCCCUUCAUUUUGAAUUAUCGCAAAUUUUUUUCAAAAAAUACGAAUAAUAUUUUUUCGAAAGAAGUAGUUUUGCUAGUGAUGUAGAAUACAUUACAUUCUUAUUAUUUGAUCAAAUUAAUUUUAUAUCCUGGAAAUAUUUAUAGUCCUUUUUUUAAAAUUAGACCUGAGGUCCGUUGCUGCGUAAAGUUCCAAUAAAUUUGUUGAAUUUGAUGAGAGAAAAUAUACAAAUGUACAAUUACAGACCGAUCGAAGGAAGGCAUAGAUAGGGAGAGGGUUGUACUCUAUUUUAAAUUUUAUAAGUUAUAUCGAGUUAUAUCCAAUAUUUUUAAAUGUUUUGUCAGUAAAUUUUUUAAUUUGCAUUAAAUCAGCUGACUAAGUGAAAUUGAGAACAAACUACAAUCUUUGCUCAUUUCCGAGAAAUAAUUUAUUAUAUUAGAAUUUUGUGAUCGAUGAUUUAUCUUACAAUACAAUACUCGUUCAUUUUAUUACGGGAUAAUUAGCAAUUAAGCGAAUUACAAAAUCGAUCCGUAUGCGAGCUGUGAUGUUCGUAAAGCUAGCCCCAGAUUAUGUACGCAAUUCCAAAAAGAAUUCCUCACAUGAAUUACAUAUUUGCUAAUGGUCGAGCACCAUUAACAAAUAUAGAUGAAAAUAGUCGAAAUAUCGCUGCACCGAAUAUUUGUAGAAUAUUUUCCUGCCCAAAUCUUUAGUAUCGCAUAAUAUAAGAUGGUAAGCAGGAAUCGAAUCGAAAACCUGGAUCUUUUGCUCGACAAGUGCUCUAACAUUGACUAACUAUUUAGCACCCCACUUCCGUGAACGUCACAUUUUGUUAGAGAGGUUCCUUUGGAAGAGAAAGAAAAGGACGAGACGUGUUGGAGACGCGAUGACCGACUCUAAAAGCGGGGACUGUUUAUUGUUGCCAGUUUAUACAUAAUAUAAUAAGCGAUUAUCGGACUUCUUAGUUGAAUAUUUUAAUUACGUUGUGUGAUUUUUGUUGACCCAGGGAAUCGUUUGUACUUAUAAGCCGAAGGUAUCUAUGUGUAAAUAUAUGACACACUCAUAUAUACAUACAUAUAUAUUUAUUAUAAUUGUAUUAUAUUAUUUCGAA